UGGUAACGGGUUGUAAAUAGUGUCAGAAAAGUUAAAAAGUGGUGACCAAAAAACGAGUUUUGAUCUGUUUCCGUGGUGUGAAUCAGAUUUGAGGUCAUGUCUGAGGAAAAGAAGGAGGGUUUCAAGGAGAAGGCCUCCAUUGAUGACAGUGCCUUUGAGGCCCUUGAGAAGGACUUCCAAGAGGUUCUGUCUGAGCUUGUGGGAGAUAGGAGUUUGGAGAAAUUCCGAGCUGAGUAUGAGAAGCUUCACAAGGCACUAAAGAAAUCUCAUGACAGUGAGAAGAGGUUGAUGCAAAAAUGUCGUGAGCUCAAUGCCGAGAUUGUGGCGAAUUCUGCCAAGGUUUCCACUGCUCUGAAACUUUCCCAGGAGGAUCAAACAACAAUUGCAUCCCUGAAAAAGGAAAUUGAGAAAGCAUGGAAGAUGGUAGAUGCUGCCCACGAGAAGGAGACCCGUGCUCGCGAGACCAUUCAAUCUCUGAAGCUCGAGAUCUCAAACCUUAGCAAGUUGGUUGAGCAGGGAGCUGGCCUCACCAUGGGUCAGGAACACAGCGUGAAUGAGCUGCUGAAGAUCAAGGAAGAACUGACCAAAGAGAGAGAUGACCAGCUUGUUGAGAUCGUCAAACUUCGUGAGAACGUUGCAAAUGCUCAGCAGCAACAAGCCAACCUCGAACAAGCCAAGGAGGAGGCUAACCUCAAGAUAUCUGAGCUCACCCAAGACAUCCAGGUCCGCAGCAAUGAAGCUCAGCGUGAGGGAAGGAAGAAGGAGAAGAUUGACCGUGAGCUGAAGCAAGCUAAAGCAGACAUGGAUGCCAAGGGCUCUGAGAUCAAGAGUAUGGCUUUCUCGAUUGAGAGGUACAAGCAGGAUGUCAGCAAGCUGGAGCAGUCUCUCAAAGAGCAGAGGAUCAACAAUGAGAGGACAGUAAAAGAGUUUGACAUCCUGACUGCCCGAUUCCAGAAGGUUCAGUCAGACUAUGAGGGUAUGUUGAUCAUGGUUGACCAUCAAGCCGGGGAGAACCAACAGCGAGUAGCUGAACUCAAGUCUAAGGAGGAAGAAGUGAAUGGCCUGAAGACGGAGGUGCAGCGUUUGAACAAGAUGCGUGAAACCAUCCAGCGAAAAUUGCGCAACGUCGAUGAACAAAAGAUGGAGGUUGAACAACAGAAAGAGACACUUAAGAACCAGAUUACUGGUCUAGAAAGAGAGUUGGAAUCUGCCAAGAAGCAAGCCGAGUUGGACAAGAAGGCCAUUGAUGACUUGGUGCGGGAGAGGGACAUCCUGAAUAAGAACAUGUUGAAGGCAGCCAGUGCCACCCAGAAGCAGCUGAACUUGGUGAAACUGCAUGAGCAGUCCAAGAAGAACCUCGAGCAGGAGAUUCAGAAUUACAAGGAAGAGGCGCAGAAGCAGAGGAAGAUUAUCUACCAGUUGGAGAAAGAGCGGGACAGAUACAUCAAUGAAGCCAGUGAUCUCACUCAGAAGGUUCUCCAACACAUGGAAGAUGUCAAGGUGCGCGAGAUGCAGAUCUUCGAUUACAAGAAGAAGAUUGCGGAGGCUGAGACCAAACUCAAACAGCAGCAAAAUUUGUACGAAGCGGUCCGCAGCGAUAGGAAUCUCUACAGCAAGAACUUGAUUGAGUCGCAGGAUGAAAUCACUGAGAUGAAGCGCAAAUUGAAAAUCAUGAACCACCAGAUCGACCAGCUGAAGGAGGAGAUCUCCAGCAAAGAGGCUGCGUUGGUCAAGGAGAACCUCGAGCACCACCGGGUGGAGAAGGAGAAGGAGGCUCUGAAGGCUGAGUUACAGAGGAUGAAGCAGCAGGCCGAGGAUAGCAAGGCUUACAUUGAGGCCCAGGAGGCUGAGGAGAGGAAGCUGCUUAAGAUCAUUGCUGAGGCGGACGCUGAGAGGGUGCGACAGAAGAAGGAGCUGGAUCAGGUGAUCAGUGAACGAGACAUCCUCGGUACCCAGCUUGUCCGCAGGAAUGACGAAUUAGCCCUCCUGUAUGAGAAAAUCAAAAUCCAACAGUCCACACUGAACAAGGGUGAGAUCCAAUACAACCAGCGAUUGGAGGACAUCCGUGUCCUAAAACUUGAGAUCAAGAAACUCCGCCGCGAGAAGGGUAUCCUGCAGAAGAGCGUAGCAAAUGUUGACGACCUUCGUCGUGAGGUUUACCAUAUUCAGCGAGAACUUCUGAGAGAGAGGACGAGGUGUAAGGCCUUGGAGGAAGAGUUGGAGAACCCAAUGAACAUCCACAGGUGGAGGAAAUUAGAGGGCAGUGAUCCAAGCACCUAUGAGAUGAUCCAAAAGAUCCAGACUCUGCAGAAGCGUCUCAUUGCCAAGACAGAGGAGGUGGUCGAGAAGGAACUCCUCAUUCAAGAAAAAGAGAAACUUUACGUAGAAUUGAAACACAUCCUUGCUCGUCAGCCCGGGCCUGAGGUGGCCGAACAGCUCCAGAUCUAUCAGCAGACGCUCAAAGAAAAGACAAAACAAAUGAAGACGAUGGCAUCUGAGCUGAACAUGUACGAAUCGCAGGUGAAUGAAUACAAGUACGAGAUUGAACGCCUGGCCAGAGAACUUCAAGAAGUCAAGAAGAAGUAUUACAUGCAGAAACGAAAAGAACAACAACAAAAGGAACGAGAGCGUGCUAUAGCACAGGCAGGAGCACCAAUCAUACAGCCGCAGAGGAACGAUGGACCAAGAUUCACAGGUGGAGGUUUCAAUCUAAAACAGCCCUCAAAGGGUGUGGUGUAAACUUGAACAUUCCGAUCAGUCCAUUUGAAUUCCGUCCUUAUAAGAUAUACUCAUUGCUUGUACUUUCUGUCAAUAUCUUACCCUAAAAAAUGAUAUUUUGUGAACAUUUAGAAAAGAGAAACUAUUUGAUACCUUAGCCUUAUUCAAGGCUUUCCUGAUGAGGCCAGCCGCAGUGUGGGUCAGACAGUGUCAGUGGUUGAAACUGGCAAUACCAGUAGUAAUCUUAUGCAUGUUGUAAUCAACCCAGCUGUUUCUGCUUAAGGAUGUUAAAAAUGUGAGCUACUGCUGUCUCCUACAUAUUUCAUUACAGAGGCUUAUUUCGACACUUUCAUGCCUUGUUGAUAAAGAUAUUGGUAGGAGCCAAUUUAUUGCACUAUUGACGGUGUUUUGACUUCAAUUUAGAAGUUGGUUAGCCAUAUCGAGAACUAUGAGUCAAUCUUUUCAUUUCCCGAUAAUCUGUUGCUGAAAUUCCAUUAGAUGAAAAUUACAACCCAACUGUGAUAUACAUGUACUUCAUCAUUAUUCUGUCCAUUGGCAACUUCCAAAUUGGCAAGGUACACAAAAGAAGAGACUGUGGCGCUUUGAUACAAGAAAUAUGAUAUUUAUGACAGUCACAGCCUUCAAUGCAACUAUCUUAUUUGAAGAGAAAGUGUUCUUCAUCUUCAGUCACCAGUCUUGAAAGGGUAAUACAGACGAACGUUUAUGGUCUCCAUGGAAAAUAACUUUGCAGAAUAUGAACUUGCCAAUUUGUAAUUAGUCUACCAAAUGCAAACUUUUCAAGAAGGAUUUACUUAUUUUUAAUUCAUGUUAUUGGUUUAAAUUUGCAAAUAAAUUGCAUUGCAU